AUUGGCUCUAAUCCCAAUGAGAUAACGACUUCGCUAUCCAUUAUCUGUUAUCAGUUAUCAAAUUCUGUCUGAAUUUUGAAAAAUAUUAUUAGCUGAACAUAAUAUUUUAAAGACGUUUUAAUACUUUUAAACUUUAAACUUUUUUUCGGAAUUUGAAAUUUGACAAAAUGAUAUUUCCAAAAAAAUAUACAAAUGAAAUUGUUGGAGAAAUUGGGAAUACCGUUAACAUCAGAUCAAACAUAUCAUGUAUGGAAGAUAUCAAUAAUUGGGUUUCUGAAUUUGGGGAGUUGAAUUUUAGUCAUUGGAACUAUCGCUCCAGUAUUCCGAAUGGCCAACGAAUUGUUUGCUCUAAAAAAUUUGUAUGUCAACAUAGUAAUUUUAAAAAGCCUAAUAUUAAUAAAAAAGGAUUAUCUAAAAAUGCGAAUUGCCCAGCUACAAUUGAUGUAACAAUAAAACUUAAUACUACUGCAACUAAAAAAAAAGAUCCAUUUAUAAAGGGAUUUUAUUGGAGUUGGUGAUUUAUUGUGUCAUUACAUGUUUAUAUAAAUAUAAUAUAUAUUUAUAUUAUAUGUUUUUAUGCAGAUAUGUUCAUUAAUUUGACAGACUUUGACUUUAGAUAGUCUUUAAUUGUCAACUGGGAAGGUGACCAAAACAACAAUUUAUAUGUUUGUAGUGUUUAUUUAUAAAUUAUAAUGUACAUUUCAGCAAGAACUUGGCUGAGGACUCAUUGAAUGGUGUACAUCCAUCAGGAAAACUUCAGUCCUUAUGUUAUAAUAUAACAAUAUAAUAUAUUAUGUUACUUUUUGUUGCUUUUUCUUUUACAGCUUAUAAUUAUGUCUUUAGGAUUAAGAGGACGUUAUACCCGCAUGUGUUGUCUCCGUCUUACAAGUGCGUAACAUAGCAAAUUCUACGCUCAGCAGAACACGUGUAGUUCCGUUGGUUUAAA